CGUGACUCGAACGAUCAAAUCGACCGAGUCUCCAAUCACUCGAAUAUUUGGCGGCAAGUUCCGUUCGACCCUCCGCGCCCCACAUCAACGUGACUCAGUCAUGGUCGAAGACUGGAGAUCGUUGCAGUUGGACAUCCAACGCGAAGAUGCUCAUACUAUUCAGGACGCUUUGUCACAUAUCUCACACCCUCAGCCCGUCCAUGUCAUGUCCCCUACCAAACCAGGAGUCACAAUUGAGGCGAGCCAGCAGGUCCUCAUCGAAGCGCUGCCCCCGAUUCUCGUUCUACACAUGAAACGCUUUUUGUAUGAUACGGAUGCCAAAGGUGUGGUAAAAAUAGGAAAGAUGGUCCAAUUCACGCCGGAGCUUGAGAUCGGCAAGGACAUUAUUUCACCUGUGCGAAAAGGGCCGCAUCCUGUGCGGUACCAACUCUAUGGCGUUCUGUAUCAUCAUGGUCUAUCUGCUUCAGGCGGCCACUAUACUCUUGAUGUGUUACACCCUAACCGGGAUUCCAGCACAAAACCACGCGAAGCGUGGAUACGGAUUGACGAUGAGCUCGUAUCAGACAUACGCCCCGAGGACGUUUUCGAUGGCUUGGACCGCGAUGACCGGUGCGCGUAUCUGUUGUUCUAUCGUCAGAUUGGUGCAGGCACACGGACUUGAGAUGAUCUAGAUCGUAUUGUAGUCUUACGACUGUGCACAUGUCCGCGUGUGUGCAGUGGGGUGUUUUUAAAUCCAUCUUGCUUUGCUAUCUUAC